AAUGCAAAGGAAAUAAAAUGGUCUGUUCCAGGGUGAAAGCAGUGCAUGCAUGAUCCAAGAAAAGAGAGCUUGGCUUGCAAAGCAAUGGCUGCAACUCGUUUGCUGGAGCUCCUCUUUGCUUUCUAUUUCUUCACUCACAUCCCCAUCACUCUCUUCAUCGAUUUGCAAGCUCUCCUCCCUGGAUUUUACCCUAAAGAAUUGACAGAAUGGUCAGCCUGGUACACAAGUGCAUUUAAAGACCCCAUGAUGGCAGACCCACCAGUGUGGUUCCGGUCCUUCAUAUACUCCGAAGCCUUUUUCCAGCUGCCUUUCUUCCCUGUUGCAGCCUACGCAUUCUGGAAAGGGAACUGCAAGUGGAUCCGGACCCCAGCCAUCAUCUAUGCGACGCAUGUGGCUACCACCCUGCUUCCCAUCUUGGCCCAUAUCCUCUUCAGCGAUUUCUCCAAGUCCCAGCAUCCCGGUCCGCAAACGCACCACGAACGCUUGACUUUGGUGGCCAUCUAUAUCCCUUACUUGCUGAUCCCGCUCCUGAUUCUGGUUUCGAUGUUGCUCAGCCCGUCGUACAACCAGGUGGAGAAAAGGAAAAAGAAAUAGACAGAUGGGAAUGUCUCCGGCGCAGAGGAGUGAGCACUGGCUUUUGAGAGGUUAGCCACUGGAGUCCAAAACACACUGCAGAAAUAAUCCAGUUUGAGACCGCUUUAACUGCCCUGGCUCAGUGCUAGGGAAUCCUGGAAAUUGUUGUUUAUUGUGGUAUCAGAGCUCUCUGACAGAGAAGGCUAAAUGUCUGGUGUUUCUAGAAUUCCCAAGCAUUGAACCAGGGCAGUUAAAGCAAUCUCAAACUGGAUUAUUUCUGCAGUGUAUUUUGGACCUAAAAGACUUAUUUCCAGACUAGAGAACCAAUGGCCGUCCAGCUAUUGUGUGCCUGAAACCUGAAUUUGGAAAGUUACUUUAUAAAGGUAGUAGUAGAUAGUUACUACAACAAUAGAUUUUUUAAAAAAAUACCCUUUAGAAACAUCUUUAACUCCCUCAAUCCUCAAAUGAUAUUAGUUACAUCUAUGCCAGCAUCCUGUUGGAGACUUAACAUGUGUGCAGGUUCUCCUAGAAGAAUGGUUCAAUAUUUUUGUCGUCAUACAUUUGUUUCACAAGGUUGUCCAAGGAGAGUGGCGCAUGCGCUGCCAUUUAUACUCUGAUUUCCAUUGCACAUCCAGAUGUGUGUUCACAUUUGGAAUUGCAGUUCACUAACAAAGGUGGGAGAGAGUCAGCAUGGCAUAGUGGUUUGAGUGUCGGGACUGCAACUCUGGAGUCCAGGGUUCGAAUCCUAGCUUGGCCAUGGAAACCCACUUGGGUGAGUCACACUCUCUUAGACUUAGGGGACGGCAAUGACAAACCUCCUUUGAACAAAUCUUGCCAAGAAAACCCCAUGAUAUGUUCGCCUUCGGGUCACCAUGAGUCAGAAACGGCCACAAAACAAGGCGGCAUGGCAUUAUAUCCUUAAGAUAUAGAGCCUUCCCUCCAGUCCAUCUGCCUUGGUCCAGGCCUCUGAGGGAAAGAUGAACUCCAGAACCUGAUCCCCUUCCCCACAACCAUUCCCUUCUCCUUUUAUGUUUUGUCUUCUUAGAUUGUAAGCCUGAGGGCAGGGAACCGUCUAAUCAAAAGAUUGUAUGUACAGUGCUGUGUAAAUUUACAGCGCUAUAUAAAUAAAGCUUAAUAAUAAUAAUAAUAAUAGUCCUAUAACAUUCACUUGUCUUCAAAAAGCACAAUUUCAGCCUUACAUUAAAAACAAACAAACCCUUUCACAAUGUUUGAACCAUGUGGAAUUCUUUCCAUGCCCUCCAGCUGUCGCAUUUUAGUAGACAAUCUGGAUUAACCCUCUGUUGUCCCCUAUUUUUCAUAUGCUUCUAAAAUGUCCUGGUUUCUUCUACUCCCUCCCCGCCAACUUACAUAAAUGGCUACCAACUGAGUGAAAAUGUAGUUUUCUUUCAGUGGAACGCUUCCCAGUUGGCUCAGGCAGAAGCAACCUGCUACAAACUCUCCUAGCUUGUCUGUUUUUCCUCCUUAAUAACAUUUGCUAUUUUGAGCACACUUUCGUGUUGCUCAGCUACGUAUGUCCCAGUUUUCAUCUGUGAAAUGUUGGAAGGUUUCUCUUCUACCAUGGAGGCUACACCCUAAACUGUGAAAAGAAACAUUUAGAAGAGGGGCAGGCAAACGUUGGAGGCUAGGGAGUGCAUUAGUCCCUUCCCCGGCAAUUUUGGAGGACCGCUGGUGCAAACAUUGUAAAUAGAGAGAGAGAGUCCCAAAGUGCCCUCUUAGAGGAUCAGGGGCAUUUUCACUAUACAUUCUCUCUCCCCUUCUCCCAUCAUUUCAGGACCAGGAAAGGACCUUUUAAAAAAAUGUUUGACCCCAAGGGUCAGUGCGCUGUCCAUGCACUUCCUGAAUGAGUAGAUAGCAUUACACUGCAGUGAAGUAGUUAUACCUUCGUUACUGUUAAGAAGGUAUUAGUUGCUAGGAACUACUACUUUUUAACAAGUCACUUCCAAGAUCUGAUUGCAAAUCAGCUCUUGUCGGUAAUGUGAAUGAUGUGGGAGUUGUAGUCUGGAAGGAUUUGGGAUGCCACGUUCUCCAAUCUCUAGUUUAUCGGGUGCUGUAUGUCCAAAGACACCUCCACCUGUCUAUUGAAAAGGAUGUGGGACUUUGUUUUCUUAGUGUUUGGGAAAGAAAACAUUCAGAAGGGUCUAUUUUUGUUAAAAGCGGCUGGUAAAUCUAAUAAAAGAGGUAACCUUA